AUGUUUGGACGUACUGAUGCCUACCUUCAAUGGAGCCACGAACGCGCUCAGCAUGGGUUUCGGGGCUUCUUGGAGGUUCAUAGGAAUCAGUGUUCACAUGUGGACCCUAACUCGGGCUCUUGGGAUGUUCAAGUCGUCGACAUUUUUUACGCUGAGAAGGUCUCAGUAACUAUCGCACCAACCGACCACUUCAUUGCGUCUGCUCUCGUCCGCCAUGGCGUCAUUCCCUGCUCCCCAAUAUCACCAACUGUCACCAUUUCCAUAGAUGCGCUGGAACUAUACCGCGUUACUCGGUUGUGCAGUCCUCAUCUCUCUAUCCAAGCAUUUGUGAAGUCCAUCUGUGAUUUGCAUGGAACUGUCUUUCACAGGUACCUAUCACGCCAAUUUUCGAUCUCGUUCGACCUCUAUCUCCAAUUACGCAGUCGCGUGGAUUCCCUUGUCAACGCUACCAUUCAUCGCACCUCUCCCGACUGGCGUUUGAGGAACGCUUGCCCCUGCUGUACGUAUGAGCUGAAAAACGAGCCUGCAAUGACUUUCCGUCUGCUCUAUGCCAUGGACGGCAACGACUCACUCAAGAGGCGAGUGUGCAACGAUCGGUAUCUUUCCCGUGAAUAUGUUAACGAGUGGGCGAAUCCAGCACAACAUGACGAGGAUUCAUAUCUACAGGUCGAGCCUUCCGAUGACGAGAACCCCUGUGCUGGAUCCUGGGGGGUAUAUGAUGAAACGGGGGUUUUCCUUGCCGUUAUUUGUUGUCCCCACACCGUGUGUCGUCAUGGUUUCUGUCUUCUUAUUGCCGACAUGGUCCAAAGCGGUGAACUUGCCAAGUACCCACUAUCUGUUGUCGCCAAGCUACUCGAUGCCCUGGGCUCAAAUUUGGGCAGCGGUUAUGACAUUGGGUGUCAGUUUAAGACCACCCUCGAUAACAGCGCAUUGGGUCCACGCGCUCGCUUACUUCAUCAUACUUGUCUGGUUGGAGCCUUCCACGGACACGCACAUAAACGCCUCUGCCAGUUAUAUCAUCUCGCAACAUAUGUGACCGGUCUCAGACUCGAGGGCCUCGAGACUUGCGAACGAACAUUUUCGAAAUCCAACGCUCUAGCCUCGAUGCUGCGAUAUGCCAGCGUGUUUCACCGUCAGCAGCUCAUCGCGACAUACUUUGAGCAUAACAAUGAAUAUGAAGUUUAUCCGAGUCUCGGAAAUUUUUUACAUAACAACUACAAGCAGGCGCUGAACAUCCUCUCAGAUGGUGAGAUCAACCUCAAGAAGCUCAUGCAAGACAUUCACAUCCCGGACGAGUCUGUAUUCGAACGGUGGUUGCAAGAGGAAAGGGAUUACCUUCACGGCCUGCACAGCGAGCCAGAGCACGAGACGCUGCAAAUGGAAUAUUGGCAGAAGUUGACGAACCUCGCUGCCAGCCAGAAUAACCUUGACAGCGCAAGAUCUAUCUGGGCGUCUGCAACACCCGCGAGCACUUCAUUUAGCAUGGCAGAUGCUGCCGCAACUCGCAGAAUGGAGACGGCUCGUAGACAUACCCUCGAACUUUUCGAGAAGGAUCUCACAACCGUGCAAGAACUUGAGAUCAAGCUCGAUAUUGUGUGUAGGUGGGUUCCUGAUGAUCCUGAGUGGCAGAAUGCUGGACGGAUGGUCGCCAAAAGAAGAUAUCAGCGUGCUCUUGAUACGUUAGAAGGUUUAGUUGUUGCUCGAAUCUUUGAAUUGACAAAAAUGAACCGCUCUGGUACAGGCUACAAAUUGCGCAAGCACAUUGCAAAGGCUUUGCAGACUCAUUCCGCAGCCAUUUGCACAGCUCUCGACCGGUACAAUACCGCAGCGCUUGCACUCACUCCACCCCGUCGAACUCUUAAAUGGGAUGAAGUCAUCGAAUACGCAUUCCUGGCCGACUUUGACUUACUACGUGAUGCUCGGGAAGAUGUAUCAGAGCGUCCGUGGGCAACGCCGGCCUCUCGUCAAGCGAUGGAUUUGUAUUUCAAGAUGUGUCGUGCCAAGGAGGAGAUAGUUCGCCUCAACAUCGAGAUUCGACGUCUCAUAACAUACAUUCGAGACGAGGACCGCUACCUACGUGCUUGUGAGGCACAAACAAUGCCCUUAGAACCUGCACUCUCUUACCAGAUUGGCGCUCGACGCUUGGCACGUGGGAGAGCUAAUGGUCAUCUUUUGCAGCGUUUAGCAGAUAUUGCCGAGCUCCCUGGAUUUAGCGGUUGCAUCAUCCCUGGAGAAAGUUCCAAAUCUUCUCCUGGUGACAGCGCCAGCACACCACACAUUCAAGUUCCAUCUCACAUCCGCAUGCACCACGCCGCAAGACAAUCUCUCAUUAUCCCGUCUCAUUUGGAUGUCCUAAAAACCCUGGAGGAACUGGAGGAGGAAGAGGAGGGUUCAGAAACAGUAGAAGAGGCUGCGCAGGCCCUACAUGAUGUUCUUAGGGUCUCUGCGGAUUGA